CGAAUGGCGGCUCGCGAAGAAAACCAAAGAUGCAACUGUAUGGCGUAAACCAUCAGAGGAAUUCAGUGGAUACCUGAGCUGAUGACCCCAGACACCAAGAGUCUGCUGACUCUGUACAGGGCCACGGGGAACACUGGCACCAACACCAGGUGUAAUCUGAACCACUGCCAAGAGGGCAGUGGCUACUAUGUGCAGAUGAAGACUGCAGGGUUCUGUAUACACCUGGGAUAAUAAAGGACACUUGGGAGAACUUUCCAAACACCUACCUAGAAGCCACUGGCAUGUUCAUGUCGUCCUCCGGUUCUGAGUAUACAGCUGAGAUUGGCUCCAGCCAGCUAUAAAGCUCAAGGAGUGGUGGAAGAUGUUACUAACAGAAUAGUGGAUCAUAUUCGCCCUGGACCAUAUAGGCUAGACUGGGACAGCUUAAUGACUACAAUGGACAUCAUGGAAACAUUUGAAGAGAACUGCUGUGUGAUGCGCUAUACCACUGCUGGCCAGCUCUGGAACAUCAUAGCACCAAGGGAGUUUGUGGAUUUCUCUUACACUACAAGCUACGAAGAUGGGCUUCUCUCAUGUGGUAUAAGCCUAGACUAUGGAGAGGUGAGACCUAACUUUGUCCGUGGAUUCAAUCACCCCUGUGGUUGGUUCUGUGUCCCUCUCAAGGACUAUCCUAGACACAGCCUUUUGACAGGCUAUAUUCAGACAGAACUGCGAGGGAUGCUACCACAAUCUGCAGUAGACACUGCCAUGUCUAGUACCCUGACCAAUUUCUACUCUGACCUCAAAAAGGCACUAAAAUCAUAAACAAACAAUGACUUAAAAGCCCUUGCGUUUCUUGCAAUCAAGUUAUAUUGUUUAGCUUAGCAUAUGUUAGCUACUGAGUUAAGAGGUAACAUUGUUCCUGAGUGAUACCUUUAUGUAGAGGGAUCCAAACAACUUUACCAAGUACUUUUUGAUGUGAUACUUAGCAUACAUUCCUAAUUCACAGCAUGAGAUUCCAUUUCCUGCUCAGUACUCUGCAGCUGUGUGAGGAGUAUUCUGAAUCUAUAAACCCCUGGCUUCCUAGGUAGAAAAUACAAGGUCGGGGGCAGCAGGGUGGGAGGGGAAAGGCUUGAAAAAUGCAGCAUGAACUCAGCUCUCACCAAUAGUAUUGAGAGUGGAGCUCUCAGGACUUUGCGGGUGCAUAUUACUGUACAGGCAGGAUCCCACUGAAGAUGUAAUUUUGUAAUAUAUA